AAGAAAACGAAAAACAGGUCCUGCUUGCUUGGCUCAUAAUCGAAAGCCACCCCUUUAUGCUUUUCCGCCUACAAAUAUGACAACCUUCCUUACAUUUUCUUCCAACUUUAUCUUCCUCUUCUCUCAUUUUUCAUCUCACCCUUCCUCUAUUUCCAUCAUUUCGUGACAACAACAACAUAACCCUCUCGCCCCCAACACACACCUCUUCUUUUUAAGGGUUUAUCUUAAACCAGGAUUUUUGGCACUAAUUUCUCUAUGGGAGAAGCACCAGCAUUGCUUGUUGAUGACGUGCAGGAUGGGGCUCUGAAUGGCCUUGAAUUGAAAAAUGGAACUUGCAAAACAACUGCUACUGUUGGCGAUAAGAUGUAUGUCAUUGGUGGAGCUGAUGAUGGAACUUUGUCCAUUGAAGUUCAAAUUUUUGACGGUAGUCUUGGAGAAUGGGUUCGUCCCACUGUGCGUGGCACCAAACCCGUGUUGUGCAAUGGCCUCUCAGCAGUGCCUUUGGAAGACCGAAUACUGAUUCUUAAGAAGGGUUCUAAGCCUGAUGAUCGGAUAUGGUUCCUGGAGAUUGACACCCAAUAUGUUAGGCAGCAGCAAAAAAUUUUGGGGACUGAGGUAGUUGCAUGGAGUAAAGGUGUGAUAGGCAAUGCUGAGAAGCCUGUUGUUAUUAGUGGUCCUUCUGGAGUAGGCAAAGGAACACUGAUAUCAAUGCUUAUGAAGGAAUUUCCAUCUAUGUUUGGUUUUUCCGUGAGCCACACCACCCGUGCUCCAAGAGGUAUCGAGAAAGAUGGGGUUCAUUACCAUUUUACUGAGAAGAGUAUAAUGGAGAAAGAGAUCAAAGAAGGAAAGUUUCUUGAGUUUGCUUCUGUCCAUGGCAAUCUGUAUGGAACUAGUGUUGAGGCUGUCGAACUGGUAGCAGAUGCAGGGAAAAGAUGUAUUCUUGAUAUUGACGUUCAAGGUGCAAGAUCUGUGAGGGCUAGUACGCUUGAAGCUAUAUUCAUCUUUAUCUGCCCCCCAUCAAUGGAGGAGCUGGAGAAGCGCCUUCGUGACCGGGGGACAGAGACUGAGGAACAGAUCCUGAAGCGACUACGAAAUGCUGAUGCUGAGAUUGAGCAAGGGAAAUCUUCUCAAAUAUUUGAUUUCAUCCUAUACAAUGACAAUCUUGAGGAGUGUCAUGAGAGACUUAAGAAACUAUUGGGACUUGACGGUUUUGUCACUGCUCCACCUAUAUCAGGCCCUAUAGAGAUUGAUUUACCAAUGGAUCAUUCAGUGUCAAAAAUUGAUAACAAAAUCAUCAUAAACUGCAUCUCCUCAGGAGAGAAGGAAUCAAAGAAUUUGGUCAUUUUGGAUGUUUCCUCACUAAAAGGGGGUGCACCUGGACGGACAAGAGGCCUAAAUUUCCAAGCCAUUGGCUCUUUCUCAAAUGGCUUGAAUGGGAUAGAUCAACUUAGCUAACAUUCAAUGCACUUGGCCAACUAACUUGGUAUUGAAGAAAUGGGACACAUUGAUAAGGCAUUAGAUUCACUUCUUAAACAUUUUUUUAAGCAUUCGGUAAGAACUUCUAUAAGCAUUCUUUGAUUAUUAUGACUAUUGAGUUGACUUGAGAGAUGGCAAUUGCUAAAUUAUUAUUCCCUACAUAGGCAAUGAGAUUACUUGUGUCUUUUGUGUGUCAAGGAAGGCAAAAUAUGGUGUACGUUUCUCUAUUCCCCCCACCCCAAGAUCUGUUAUAGUAAGGGAAUAUGAAGGGGGCCUACAACAUGAAUACUUCAAAUUCAAAGAUGUCUGUCAGAUAUUAGGUGUUAUACUAGGCAUGGCUAUUCAUUGAUUCAAGCCAUAUGUUUUACACAUUAAAUUUGUUGGAUACAUGUUUUAUGUCAUUACCAUGUUCAUUAGAUUCUAACAGCUAUAUGGCGUUAGUUAUGCUAACAACCAUUUAUUUUUGGCAACGACAUAUUCACUAUGGAGGCUUUGCCCCAUUUAACUCACCAUUAGUGUUACAUCCUCCAAAGGGCUCAGGAGUAGGGAGUGCUUUCAGCCCCACAUAAUGGCUGUGACACGAAUCAAUUUCGUAUCUCUGAGCAUUGAGACAGUCCAAGAGCCUUGUCAAGUUGAUCAACCAUUAGGUGGUCCAGAAACUAUUUUUAAGUUUAUAAUUGCGUAAGGGUCUGGGCAGAACAGAACUGAUAAAGAUACUGUGAUAAUUGGACGCAGGCUCGAAUAAUUGAGGAAUGAUGAUGAUAUAAAAUUACUAAAUACUAUGUGAAUUGAGCUCUCAGAAGAAAAUUGUCGAUAAAAUUUUGUAUAAAAUAGUUAAUUAUGUGGGAAAGAUGGUUUUUUUCUUAUAAAAGAAAAGUUUAAGUGAGUUAGAUCUCAAGAGUUUAUCAGGAAUAAGGUAGAUAUUAAGGCGUUCAAAGAAUGUUUAUAGAAGUUCUUACAGAUUAUUCACCAAUAACAUCUUCACAUAAUUAAUGAUAAUCGAAUUUACAUUUUUUUGAGAUA